AUGAUUGGUCAGGGCUCGGAGACCGGGCUCAGCCAAUCAGAGGCAGCGUGGGAAAAGAGAAAGCUGAGCGGAGGAGACGAGAUGGAGGAGGCUCGGGAGGAGGAGGAGGAGGAGGUGCAGGAGGAGACGCUGGACGACUGGUUCAUCGAGUCCCUGACAACGUACAAAGACCUGCAUGUGUAUCAGCUGGAGCGUCCCACACACGUCCUGGAGUGGACAUCAGGGAAGACCGUCUGUGUUGCAGGAAGCGUCGCCUCUAAAAGUGAAAUGUUGGAGCUUCGUCUUCCUCUGAGACUCUUAGCCGAUGAGAACAAGGGUCUCUGUGCAGAGCGGGACUUUAAAGUUAUCCACGGUGGUUUCGCAGAGGGACCCAUUCGCUGCCUCAGACACGUCCCGGGGACAAGGUGCGUUGUGACCAGUGAUGGGCGGAGUGCCGACCUGGAGGUGUGGGAGCUCGGAGGAGACGGCAGCGACGUGAUCCGGAGAACGGCCAGCGUUAAGAGGAGGAGCAGCGUUUCUGAGGGACGCUGCAGGAUCGCAGCUCGACUCUGCUCACAGCCACAGAUCCUCCACGGCGCCCUGAGCAGCGACAUCCAGCUGACUGAGCUGACCUCAGGACACAUUCUUUACCAACUAGAGACGGACGCGGCGGAUCCUCUGAGUUCUUUACAGUUUGUUAGUGACAGUGUUUUCCUCGCCGGCUGCUCUCAGGGGAACGUCUACGUCGCCGACACUCGGACUUCUUCUGCUCCUCAGGUUUCACCUCCACCUGCGUCGUCUGGCAAAUCAGCUCUGUGGUGGACGGACGCCUCCGGAGGUCCAGACCCGUCCAGCUGCAGGGUCAUCAGGCUGUCCUCCUCCGGCGAGGCGGUGGUUUCUGACCUGAGGAACCCGGGAGGAGCCGUGAGUCGAGCUCGGCUGGACGUGCAGACCCGCCGCAGCCGCCCGGAGGACGUCCGGCUGUCGUGGGCUCCGGCGCUGGACGACUGUGUGGCAGUGUCAGGUUUCGGUGGAACGGUUCAGAUCUACAACACGUGUGCGUGGAGGGCGGAGCUGCAGGAAGUCCAGCCGCUGUUUGAGCACCGAGGUCACGUGGUGUCAAACCGACGGCCUGAUGUGGUAACUCACCACGUCUGGCAUCCUGAGCGGCCGCGGACGCUGCUGUCCGCGGCCUCGGACGGAUCCGUCCACGUGUGGGACUGGGUGGACCGCUCGGCUUCGGACUAAACACUCAUGGAAUCAGACUUGUUUUUAUUCUCGCCAGGAAAUAUUUACAUCCCAGACAAAUGUAAGAACCACAUGGACUUUGAAUAAAGAUUGACAGCUCCCUCAAAGUGAAGUCAAAGUGUUGUGAUCGCCCCCUGGUGGCUGGCUGCAUCAUAGAUCAUGAACCCUGCCUCCUCCAUGUUAGCAGAUGGGACAUGGACCCGACUAAUCGCAUGUGUUCAUGUUUCUGAUAAGUUGGGGUGUACCUAGUUAUUUGAUGAUGAGUGAGACGUCAUGAUUGACACCUGACCCUUUCUGUGCUACACUCCGCUAAAGCUAAUGGAGUUUAUUUCAAAUCAGAAAUAAAAAGUCUUACAUA